AUGGCGAUCGAUACCAACUACCCCGGAUUGGAAGUUGCAGUCACGGUCAAUGAUUCGCCUCUCCAGGAGUACGACGACGGCGAUGAGGAUUCCGCACCCAACACAGUCACGAAAUACAUCGAGGCUCAAUCAGGUGCUGAGUUCGCCGUGACAGCCAAGUUCAAGCAUCCAUUUCCCACUCACCAUGAUGUUAAGAUGUGCCUUGUUAUUGACGGGAAAUACUUGAAUGGAUGGGUACAAUCAUGGAACGGCCUCUAUGGUUUAGUGUUGAAAGGCGAUAGGACUAAAUGGCAGCAAAAUGGACAAUGGGUCGAGCAGAAAUUCUGCUUUGCCGAAUUGAAUAUGGUGGAAGAAGCUCGUGGGCCACUCCCGAAUGUUGCAGCUUUGAAAAAUUCUCUCAGUGAAAAAGGAUGCAUUACCAUAUCGCUGCAGUUCAUCAAAAUCGGGAAAAAGGCAGCCGCUGAGCAAAACUCGCCGGCACCUCAACUCACAAAAUUUAAAGAGAUCCCGGAAAAAGCGCUCAAAGGAGUUGCACUAUCGCAUCAAGCAAUUUUAUCUAAACCACAAAAAGCGCACGUCGGACGGGAGAUAUACACAUGGGUCCCGAUAGAUAAGAAACCAUUCGCGACCUUCCACUUCAAAUACCGGUCUCUUGCGAGUUUGAAAGCGCUUCGCAUUGUUCCGCCUGACGAGAGCCUUUCAGUCCCCUUGGAAGAGAGGCCUGAGGAGGAACUGAAUGAAGAAGAGCUGAGGGAGCUAUUGCGACGCAUGAGACAGCGAGAAGCUGGGAGUAAACUUGUCAAGCAAGAGACAGCGACCAAGCCCGACAUCAAUAGCGAGCGUUUCGUAAACAACGAUAUCGACGACGAAGUGGCUGUGCUUGAGUCCCGCCCAUGCAAGCGUCGCCGAGUUGAUCAAGAAGUCAUUGUGCUUGAUUGA